CACCGUUGCCAUGGCCUGGCUCGAAGCCUUGGCCGAGUGGCACGCGAAGGUCUCCGAGGCCUGGCUGCUUGUGGCGCUGCGGGCCACGGUAUCGGCAGCGCGGGAGGAGGCGAUGGAAGAGCACUGCGCGGGGCUGCUGCAGAUGGUCCUGGCAGGUGCACCCGUUGGCGUGUCGCCCUCCCAGCCUUGGAACGACUUCCUCAGUGACCUGCGGCCACCGGAGCAUCCGCAGGAGCGAGUUCCCUCGAACCUGAAACGCUUCGCAGGAAAUUACAUCAACCUCAUUUUUUGCGCUGCGAUUCUCACUGGCUCCUGCAUGCGCCCGCUGCUCUUCACGCUCUGCGUGGUGCUGCAAGUUGUGGCCUUACUGGCCCCACCAGAAAUGUUUGAUGUCCAUUUGAUGCAAACCAAAUCUGCCGGCGGUGGCUUCCGCAGUGUGGGUGGACCAUGGAUUCGAUAUCUCAUGGCUGUGACUGCCCAAAUUGGCCUCAUGAGUAUUUCCCUUUUUUGUGGACAGCGUGGGAUCCUUGUGGCUGUGCUGCUGGUACUAUUGCAUGCCUUAUUUCGGGCACGUCCUUGGACGGUGAUGGCAAAGGAGAAAUUGAAAGGAUAUUAGAAAAUAAAA